AUGAUAGCGAAAGACAAGACCGACCCUAAUAGCUCCAUACAAACAGAAUGGAAAUCAUCAUCCAAUGAUGAUGACCUUCUCCAUCGUACGAUACAUACCCAAUUCCCUUCCCUUUCUACCAUAGUGAUGAUUCAUGGAUGGCUACAGAAUGGAAAGAUCUUUAAAGAGAAGAGUGCAGCAUUCCGAAAGCAAUUUCCCAAUCAUCCUCAAUUUGCCUUCUCCUUUCCCGAUGCUCCCUUUGUUCAAUCGAGAGGGGAGGUGUCCCAAAUGAUUUCAUCACCAGCCAGAGUGAUUAACAGCAGCGAUGAAGACAACAAGAAUAACAAUGCAGAAGAACCCAUUCCCGAUGAGGCUCUGCAGAGAACGUGGGUGUUUUCGAGAGCGAAUCGAACCGUUUACGCUCGAUGGAGAGAGGCCAUUCUCUAUUUAUUGAAUUUCAUGAGAAAAGAAAGGAAGGAGGGGAAAAGAAUUGAUGGCCUGUUAGGAUUUUCUCAAGGUGGAGCAAUUCUUACUGUAUUAGCAGCUCUUAUCUCAAUGGAAUAUCAUCAUUUGCUCAAUCGAGAGAGUUUACCCAACUCACUCUUUGAACCUCAACCUCACGAUGAGGACGAAACAAAUUUUGAUGACAUUAUUGAGGCCAUUAGAGAAUUGUUUUUUCGAGUCAACCCUGAAAAUGGAAAGAAAGAAUGCACUCUUAAGUUUGUGAUCCUUGUUGGAACGUUUAAACCCAAUUCGAUACAAAUUAAUCAAGUUGUGGAAACAUUAUUUAGUAGAAAUUUGAAAAUUGGAGGCUUUUUCAAAGCAUUGCAUAUUUAUGGUCUUAAUGAUGACAUUAUUAAACCAGAACGAUCACAAGAAUUGGCUGAAGAUUGGUAUUGUAAAGAAGGAACAGUGAUACUGACACAUCCAAAAAAACACAUUUUACCCACAGGAAGUGAAGUUAAAGAAGAAUUGAGAAGAUUUGUCAAAUCUUCUCUUUAA